AUGAAAACAUUGUUUGAACUUGCAAAAUUGUCACUCAUGAGAAACAUUAAUGUCUUAGAAGAUAUAGGAGAUGUUCCAUUCAGAUUAAUUGCAGACGUAUUGAAUAUAGUCAGCAAAGAACAAUUAAACAAAUUAGAGGAGAGAAGUUUAUUUUUAGUUUUUGAAGAUGAUGAAUUGUGGUUAAAAUUCAUACAGAAAUAUUAUCCAACGCAUGUGCAUGAACAAUUUGUAUCCAAAAAGGACACUAUUAUACAUUAUUACAUGAAUUUUAUAAGGAAAAAUCAUCCUGAUAUACUCCCAAUGGGGAGCCUUGAAGAUUCUAAUAUGAAAGAAUUGAUUGAUUCAUUUUUCAAGGAUUUAAUUAAGAAAGAUAUAAAGAAGAAUAAAUAUAGAGUUCCAUAUAGAAUGCUCUAUUUUAAAUAUCUUAAUGAUGAUAUUAAGAAGCAAGAAAGAAGCGCAGAAAAAUUAAGAUUACAAAUGAACCAAUUGAAAACAGAACGUGAACAGAAUAAGACUAUUGAAGUAGGAUCCGUAUAUAUACCGAGGGACUCAUCAAGAAACUAUAGGAAACCUGUGUUUACCAACGUUGGGUCAUCGAAGAUUUUGAAUAGAACACUGCAAGAAGAAAGUCAACGAUUACGAAAAUUAAAUGAAGAAAGGAAAAGAGUUAAUAAGGGUAAUCAAGAAAGAUUAAAGAAGGGAAUAAUACGAACACCGGUGUCAAGAAGAGCCUUUGGGGGUGGUGUUGGUGUUGGCGUUGGUGUUGGCAUUGGGAGUGGUCAUAUCGAAGAGGUGAAUCAGCUGAGACCAGUGAGUAGUAAGUUUCAAAAACCUGAACCAUCAUCGAGUUCGAUACGAAGUAGCCAUGAUUGUGACACAACACCUCGAGAACAGAACGAUCGUUCAGUACGGCCGAAUUCCGGUAGCAGUUCCUUAUCACCUUCGGGACCAUCACCGUCAACACAAGAUACCAUAAAAAGAGGUUCUGCGGUAAAGUCUCCUUUGAGGAAAAGAGGUAGAGAUCAACCAUCCAUUUUCUUGAAUCGAAAAAGAGGUCCUCCUCGUACUAAUUCUAAAUCGCCAGAAAACCCACCAAACAUACCGGUCAUACCUUCUCCACCCAGGCGUGAAAGAAUCAAGGACCGGACAAAUACAGCAUCAUCUAUAGAAGAAGCAUCAAAGAGAAAACUUUCUUUAAAAGAUUAUCUAAAGAAGUAG